GAAAACCUCAGAUCCCUCCCCACUCCGACCUCCCCCCCAUUCCCCUCGCCGCUCCUUCCAUGGAUCGCCCCGACCUAGGUUUCGACCCGCCCUUCCCCUCCCCCGCCCCCUCUCCGUUCCCCGCCAUCUCCUCCCCCGCCUUGUCGAAGCCGCGGUUGACGAAGCUGCGGAAGCACCUCGGCUCCUCGCGCGCGCGGGCGACCCCCGUCCCCGCCGCCGCCUCCGCCUCCGCCGCCGCCGCCGCCCCGGCCGAGCCCCCCGCGGCGGGGUUCAACCCCUUCGCUUCCGCCCCUUCCGAAGGCGGAGCCGCGGGGGCGGCGCUGCACGAGAAGCUCCGCGGCUGGCACCCGUUCAAUCCGGAGCGUUCGAGCCGCCGGGAUGCGAGUAGUUUUGCUUUCGGUUCGAAUUCCGAGUCGAAUCGAAGAGCGGAUGGGGUUUCCGGCGCGUUCGUGUUCGGGGACGGUUCUGGUGGUGUUAAAGGGGAGGGUUCCGAUGGCGCUGCUUUUGUUUUCGGGGCGAGUUCUUCGCCGGGAUUGAAUAAGGAGAAUGUUGCUCCCGAAAACAAGCAGGAUGAUUGCGUCUUCAAGAGUGGAGUGGAGGGGAGUUGGAAUUUGAGUGUGAAUUCGUCCGAGAGUUUGGAAAGUACAAAUCGUGGAAAUGCUGAAUCUCAAAAGCCGGAAGUAAAUGCUUUUGCUUUUGGUGCUGAUAAUGAUGCGUCGCAACUUGAUAUGAAGAACAUUGAAUUGGAUAGAACAGUAGAUGGUACAUCUAUUUCAGGGAAAGUAGGUGGUGGGAAUGAUGAUGCAGCAGGUGUUUUUGUAUUUGGGGUUGGUAUGGGAAAACCUGCCUCGGCAACUGGUGGGUUUGAUCCAGUGAGGCCAGAAAGUGCACCUUUUCUGUUUGGUAUGAGCUCAAAAUCGAAUUCGGAUGCGAAAGAUGUUGAACCAAGAAACGAAAGAGAGAGAUCUGGGGAUUCUGAUUCGGGUGUCUUUGCAUUUGGAAGAAGUGGAGGUGGACAUUCGGAAUCAACUCAGAGCUCUUCUCUUGGUUCAGAUGAGGGCUCAUUUUCGAAGCUUCCUGAUGAGAUGAGGAAGCUGAAUUUGCGGAAUUCAGGCGGUGAUGAUGGUUAUGAGAAGACAAAGCAGACCGAUCAAAGGGGUAAGAUGGAUGAGAGCGACAAAUUUGUUUCCAGUGCCAAUACAAGCAUUCCUAGUUCUUUUGGUGGUAUUGAUUCAAAAGAGUUGCCGGAGGAGAUGAACAAGUUGAAUAUAGGAAGUGCAAUAUCAUCUCAAAAUGUGAAAAAUGUAUUUACAUUUGGAAGCAAUGCACCAAGUUCAUCCGCAAACUCUGUUAAGGGUAAUUCUGCUGAACCUCCAGAAGAUAGCAUCCAUGCUGGAGGUUCUACUAAUAAUGGUAAUCGGCUUGAUGUGUUUGUUUUUGGAAGAGCUAACAAUGUAUCUCAUAAGUAUGAAGGGACUGCAGUAAGUAUGCUGAAUGACGAUAUAGAGAAGUUAAAUAUCAGCAGAGAAAAGGAGGAUUCACCUGGCCUUUCUGAAUGUGCUUAUGCUUCUACUUCUACUUCUUGCAAAGCUGCUUUUCAGGCCGACAAACAGGACAGCGAUGUAAAAACCAGUGCUAUUCCACAGUCUGAACCAGAGAAGCCCCAAGGAGAAGCUGCGCCUUUUGUUUUCACAAGCAUGCGCGAAGGUAUAGAAGCAGUGAAAAUGGAAUUUCGAGCCACUAAAGAGGAUGCUUCUGGGUUUGUUAAGGAAGGCUUGUUUUCAUUCAGAGAGAAGAAGGGAGAAGCUAAAAUCAGAGAGAAGAAGGGAGAAGCUAAAAGUACAAGAGUUACAAACAGGAGAACUAAAACGAAGAAAUCUGCCCCAUUCCAUCAGACUUCUUCUAAACGAGGUUUUACGAGGGAAAACGGUUCCCCAGAAGAUAUGCAACCAGAAUCUCCUGGCGGGUAUUCUCCAAUGGAUUGUUCUCCUUAUCAAGAGAUUUUAGCAGAUGAGCAAUUUUCAAGAGAAGCUUCAGUGGCAUCUGAUGAGUCCGUCCAAUUUUUCUCUCACUGUGCAUCGAGUGAAAGACAAAAGUCUAGUUAUGUAGAAGAAGAUUUGGUUUCUUCAACGGAGAACUUGGUAAUCAGUGAGGAAGAUCGUGGUGUGGAGAAUAUAGAUCGUAUUGAUAAUAAUUUUGUUUCCAAGUCAUCUGGUAUUGAUGAAGCAGCACAUGCACCUUUUAGUUUCAAAUCAAAGGAUGUUGAUGUUAACAAUGUCACUGCCUCCUCUGCAAUGGAAGCUGAAACACAUUUUACUUCUUCAUCCAGUUUUGAAAAUUUUGGUGGUCUGAGCUUCACCUUUGCAACGUCACCUUUUAGUCAAGGUCCAGUAUCAGCAUCAAAGCGCAUUUUCAAAAAGAAAAAUAGGAGUAGAAGUCGUCAGCCUUCCCCGGCUCUUAAUAGUAUGUUUUCAGUUGCCAGCAAUUCCAUGCAGUCAGAUGCUUCACAAACACUAGAAGGAACACCAUCUGUAUCUCAAAGUGUAGAUGAUAAUAAACAAGAAACCAAUGAAACACAGAAGGUUGUUAAAGAACCUAUAGCUACAGGUUCGGCUAGUGUUGUGGCGCAGGAAGCCUGUGAGAAGUGGCGUAUAAGGGGUAACCAAGCUUAUGCGAAUGGACUUUUGUCUAAAGCAGAGGAGUAUUAUAUUCGCGGGAUUAAUUCUAUACCUCCGAAUGAAACUUCUGGUAGCUGCAUGCGAGCAUUGAUGCUAUGCUAUAGCAACCGUGCGGCUACGCGAAUGUCCCUUGGGCGUAUGAGAGAAGCACUUAGUGACUGUAUGGCGGCUGCUGCAAUUGAUCCCAGUUUCCUCAGGGCACAAGUUAGGGCUGCAAACUGCCAACUUGCACUUGGAGAGAUUGAAGAUGCACUGAAGAAUUUCAAGAAGUGCUUGCAAUCAAAUAAGGAAGCGACUUUAGACCAAAAAAUCUUAACAGAAGCUUCUGAGGGUCUGCAAAAAGCUCAGAAAGUAUCUGAUUACAUGAUCCAGUCUGAGGAACAUCUACUGAAAAGGACAUCCGAUGAAGUGUCAAGGGCCUUACAACUUAUCUCUGAGGCCCUUACAAUAAGUACUCAUUCAGAUAAUUUAAUGGAGAUGAAAGCAGAGGCUCUAUUAAUGCUUCGGAGAUAUGAAGAAGUAAUUCAAUUUUGUGAGCAGACUCUCGAUUUGGCUGAAAGAAAUACUGUUUCCUGUUCUGCUGAUGGUCAAUCCAAAAAUGUUAACAAUUCUGAACAAGUCAAGUGUUAUCCAAGGCUUUGGCGAUGGCGUCUUAUUUCGAAGUCUAAUUUCUAUUUGGGGAAACUUGAGGAGGCUCUUGAUUUACUGAAGAAACAUGAGCAAGUGGAACCGAUCGUAGAUAGGUAUGGAAAGAAGUCUCUGGAUUCUGCUUCAUCAUUUGCUAGAAUCGUGCGCGAACUCCUACGGCUUAAAGCUGCUGGGAAUGAAGCCUUUCAAGCUGGUAGGUAUUCAGAGGCAGUCGAACAUUAUACUUCUGCUUUAUCAUGCAACAGUGAAUCUCGCUCUUUUGCGGCAGUAUGCUUUUGCAAUCGCGCAGCUGCAUAUCAAGCCUUGGGUCAAAUUACAGAUGCCAUAGCCGACUGUUCUCUGGCAAUAGCUCUUGAUGCUAGUUAUCCAAAGGCCAUUUCUAGAAGGGCCACCUUACACGAGAUGAUCAGGGACUAUGGGCAGGCAGCUAAUGACCUACGCAGACUAAUUUCUCUUCUUGAGAAACAAAUACAAGAGAAUCCACCUGGAGUAUCAGGCAAAUUAACGAGUAUCUCUAGUGAUCUAAAUCGAGCCCGUAUUCGGUUUUCUCAUGUGGAGGAUGAGGCCAGAAAGGAUAUUCCCUUGGAUAUGUAUUUAAUAUUAGGGAUUGAAUCAUCAAGCUCUGCAGCAGAUGUAAAGAAGGCAUACCGCAAGGCUGCACUUCGGCAUCAUCCUGACAAAGCAAGUCAGCUUCUAGUAAGGACUGACAAUGUUGAUGAUGCUCUGUGGAGAGAACUCGCUGACGAAGUCCAUAGAGAUGCUGAUCGGCUAUUCAAAAUGAUAGGGGAGGCAUAUACUAUACUCUCGGAUCCCUCCAAGCGAUCCCAAUAUGACACAGAAGAGGAGAUUAGGGCAACCCUAAAGAAAGGUUAUACUAUGAGCAGUACACCUAAGACGUCCUCGGAGUGCUACUACAGCAGCCAAUAUGAAAGGAGUAGCGGUGGGCGCCAAUGGCGAACAUAUGGGAGCACAAAAUCGUUCCGCAAGUGAGAAAUCUCCACAUUCUCGGAUUUUUUUCCAAGCUCAAAAGAGGCUUCCAUUUUUUUCCUUUGCGAAGGCCAUCUAGAACCUUCCAGACGAUUCGGAGGCGCAUGUACAUACAUCGGCACAGAGCUCUCACACUGACACAUGUAAAAGCGAUUCUUCUGUCAGAGUUUUGAUUGGUCGGUUGGUUGAUGCUUUCGGAUGAAAGAAAUUGUUGUUUUUCUCCGCCCGCUGUUCGGUGUAUAAGAUGGAAUUGAUGGCUGGAUGAGAGAAGUUUUGCUUAUGAUUGUAAUUGAAAUGGCUGUUGUUCACAAAUAUACAUCAGAGAAGUCGACGGCGGAAUCAUAUGCGGCGGAUGUUGUACUUUUUUUUAUUUGUAUCUUUGUGUCUUUUGUGAUCAUUUGUAACGAUGAGAGUUUUCAUUUAAUGUUGUAAUGAAGAGUGCUUGCGAACUUGAGAUCUUGAUUA